AUGUAUAUAAGCUGAAAGGGUUCUCAUUUAUUCGAACAAAUAAAUCAGAGAGACGUAUUAUUGCGCCAUCUGAGUUAAAAAGAUUCUGAUCGGACAGAAUUUUCCGUUAAAAUAUAGAAGAUUUUACACAUUAUUUUAUUCGGCACGUUGAUCUGUUUUAUUUUACGUGACUUUACUUUUUUCCUAAAGAAAAUGACGAAUUUUUUAUUGAAAUUAAUUUCUUUCGGAAAUUCUAUAGGAUGAAAUUUAAGUGCACAUAGAAUUGGAUAAAGUAAACGAAAUGAGAUAUAUAAUUUAAAUGAUCAAGUAUUUUCUCAUUUAUUAUUUUGCAUAAUUGAACAAAUACCAUCUUUAAUAAGUUAAAUAAGAUUUUAUUUUUACAAUGAACGUCGAAGAAAAUAGAUUGAGAACGUUUGUUGAUUGGCCUACUCAUGCUGCAGUAAGUGCAGAUCGCAUAGCCAAAGCAGGAUUUUAUUAUUCUGGUAUAGGUUUGGAAGUGCAAUGUUUUUUAUGCGGUACAAAAAUUUCUGAGUGGAAUUAUGGCGAUCAAGCUGUAACUCGUCAUCGUCAAGCUGCACCUGAUUGUCCUUUUGUUUUAAAUCCGUCCAAUACUUGUAAUAUACCUUUAUUACCAGCAUCUGCUAAUGAUAGAGCUUUAUCAUCGUCCUCUUCUUCAGUGGAACAAGCCCAAUCCGAAAAUGUUACAGAAUAUCAGUGCUAUCUUUCAACAGCUGUAAGAAGUAAUGAUCCUCAAAGACAAUACAAAACUUUAAGGCAAAGAUUAGAAUCUUUUGCUAAUUGGCCAGUAUCUAAUAUAGUGUCACCUGAUAAACUUGCUAAAGCAGGUUUUUAUUAUUUACAACAAGCUGACUUGGUAGAAUGUGUUUUCUGUCGAGGUAUUAUAUUACAGUGGGAACUUGGAGAUGAUCCAGAAAGAGAACAUAGAACUCACUUUCCCAAUUGUGAUUUUUAUAUAAGAAGAGAUAAUGAAGAUGAUGUAGAAGAUUUAAUAAAAUUAACUAAUGUAAAAUUAAUGCCCGGCUCAACAACUGAUUUAAAAGAUUUAGGUAUUCAGGCCCAUACUGUACCACGAAGAUUAAAACAUGCAACAUAUGAAGGUAGACUGAGAACUUUUGAUGGUUGGCCUGUAGACCUAAGACAAACUCCAGAGAUGUUAGCUACUGCUGGAUUUUAUUAUGUUGGAACUGAGGAUCAGGUCAGAUGUUUUCAUUGCGAUGGUGGUUUGCGUAAUUGGGAAGCAACGGAUGAUCCUUGGGUGGAACAUGCAAAAUGGUUUCCAAAAUGUGGUUUUGUUAGCAUUGUGCAAGGGCCAGAAUUUAUAAAAGAAUGUAUUGAUAAUAGACCACCUUUAGAUCCAGCUAUUGUAGGCAAUGUAUGCGAUAGUAGACCACCUUUAGAUCGAGCUAUUGCAGCCGAAACAUCCGAAACAUCCGAAGCAUCCGAAAAUAAUCCCGAAGAAAUUUUAGAAAUAUCUUCUGCAACACACCCAACAGUUUCAACAUUACGUGAACAACUUAACGAUGCUUUCUACGAAGACAUGCUUCAAUCCGAACCAGCCAUGGCAGCACUUGAAAUUGGUUUACACGUUGAAGGAGUGAAAAAGGCUUUAAAGAAACGAAUAGAAGAGACUGGUGCUCCUCACGAUAGUGCAGAUCAACUUAUAGCAGAUGUCCUUCGAAAUCAAGCUAUGGAUGAAGAUUCUCGAGCUGAAAGCCAAAACACUAAUUCAUCAAUUGACAAUUCAUUGGAUGUAAUACAAUAUUUUUUGAGUCUACUUAUAACCGAACAAACACUGAAUACUAGUGCAAGGUCGAUGAAUAAUUCAGAAGAUAGUAAUACCUGUCCUACAAUAAACAGGGAAAAUGAAAGGGAGAAUGUACAGGAAGAAUGUACAAAUUCUACACAAAGCUGUGAAAUAUCUGAUACUGAGGAUAAAGUACUACAGAAGGCAAAUACUAACUCUGAAGUAUCUGAUUCGUUAGCGGAGGAAAAUAGAAGACUGAAAGAGGCUCGUCUAUGCAAAAUUUGUAUGGAUCGUGAAAUAGCUGUUGUAUUUCUACCAUGUGGUCAUUUGGCAACAUGUGUUCAUUGUGCUCCUUCUCUUACUUAUUGUCCGAUAUGUAGGCAAGAAAUACGUGCCACUGUUCGUACAUUUCUUUCCUAAGAUACAAACUAAAAUUUUAACAGAUAUCUUAUCUUUCUCUUUAGAAAAUUCUCGCUCUCAUCAUAUCAGCACUCUUUAACUUUUACUCGCUUUUGUUAUAUUAUCACGCUGUUACGAUAUUACUAUGUUACAUCUAUAAAUGAAGGAUUUAUAUCUGUAUAGAUCAAUAACAAAAUUUAAAAACGUUGAGAAAACAAGCAUAUUCGAAUGAGGAUAAUCGGAUAACGUAGCGACGAAAGAAUCAUUUUUUUUUUCUUUGAUGAGAAAUUUACACGAGAAGUUUUAGCUUAAUUUAUUUAAAUAACAACAUUGACAUAUCAAUCAUUAAAUAAAUAUAAUCUAUACUACAUGGUACAAGGGAUUUAUUAAUUAAUAAAAUCUUAUAUUUGCCACAAUAUUGAACGUAUGAAUAUAAGAGCUUUAUGCAAAUAUAA